ACAAAAAAGGCGAGAAAUCAAAUUGGAAAUGAAAAAGCGGAAAAAAGAAGAGGGAAAAAUAUAUAAAUAAAACAAUAAAGAAGAGGGAAAAAAUAAAAAAGAGAAAAGAAAAAGGGUGGGAGAGGGAGAGGAGAGAGAGAGAGACGCGAUGAAUUGAUGCCAUUAUACGCUGAACUUUUCCUCCUCCACCACCAACGCCUAUGGAUCUAUCGUCUUCUCCCUCCCUUUCUCUCUCCGCUGUCUGAUCGCCCCACCAUCAAUUUCCUCCCCCGCCGCUUCUGCCACCGCAUACCUUCUUCCCGGAGGUCGUUUCCCGCCUUCAUCGAUUUGAGAGGUGUGUGGCUUAGGGUCUUCAGGUGCAUUACGGUACGCGGGUUGUCCAUCUCUUUCUGCUAAUGCUUUCGAUGGUAUGGCAGGUAAUGCAAUGUCCUGUUGAAAGGGAACUGUAAGCGCACAACAAAGGACAGGGGGUGCCCGAACCAAUGACUUCUGUGGGUAUGGUACCCACUUCUGGUUUGAGAGAAGCUACUACUCAUAAUGCAGCAGGCGUUGACAGGUUACCUGAAGAGAUGAAUGACAUGAAAAUUAGAGAUGAUAAAUCUGUUUGCAAUCGUUUGCAGGAAAUGGAAGCAACGGUGGUUGAUGGAAAUGGAACGGAAACUGGUCACAUUAUUGUAACGACAAUUGGUGGUAGAAAUGGCCAGCCAAAGCAGACUAUCAGCUACAUGGCAGAGCGUGUUGUAGGCCAUGGAUCAUUUGGUGUGGUUUUCCAGGCUAAAUGUUUGGAGAAUGGAGAAACUGUUGCAAUAAAGAAAGUCCUUCAAGACAAGAGGUACAAGAACCGUGAGUUGCAAACCAUGCGCCUGCUUGACCAUCCCAAUGUGGUCGCUUUGAAGCAUUGCUUCUUCUCAACAACUGAAAAGGAUGAACUUUACCUCAAUCUUGUUCUUGAGUAUGUCCCUGAAACCGUGCACCGUGUGAUCAAACACUACAACAAGCUGAAUCAGAGGAUGCCAUUGAUCUAUGUGAAGCUUUAUGCAUACCAGAUAUUCAGGGCAUUGUCAUACAUCCAUCGCACAAUUGGAGUAUGCCAUCGGGACAUUAAACCUCAAAAUCUUUUGGUAAAUCCACAUACACAUCAGGUUAAGUUAUGUGAUUUUGGCAGUGCGAAGGUCUUGGUGAAAGGGGAACCUAACAUAGCUUAUAUUUGCUCGAGAUAUUAUAGAGCUCCUGAGCUUAUAUUUGGAGCGACUGAAUACACUACAGCUAUUGACAUUUGGUCCGCAGGUUGUGUUGUUGCCGAGUUGCUACUUGGACAGCCUCUAUUUCCUGGUGAAAGUGGAGUUGACCAGCUUGUGGAGAUUAUCAAGGUGUUGGGUACUCCAACAAGGGAAGAGAUCAAGUGUAUGAACCCAAACUAUACGGAGUACAAAUUCCCUCAGAUCAAGGCUCACCCCUGGCACAAGGUAUUCCACAAGCGCAUGCCUCCAGAGGCAGUUGAUCUUGUCUCAAGACUCCUGCAAUACUCUCCCAACUUACGGUGCACAGCUCUGGAUGCUAUGACACACCCUUUCUUCGAUGAGUUACGAGACCCAAACACACGCUUGCCAAAUGGACGGUUCCUUCCACCGAUAUUUAACUUUAAAGCUCACGAGAUGAAAGGGGUGCCUGGGGAGACCUUAGUUAAGUUGAUACCAGAGCACGCGAGGAAGCAGUGUCCGUUUGUUGGAUUAUGAUCUCACACUGUAACAAAAGCUCAGCAGGUGUUCCGGGGAUUGUUGUGACGUGCCAGUGCUGCUACCUACAUUGUCUCAAGUUGGAAUCAUCAUCAGCUUAUUAUAUAAUGAUGUUAAAAUUUGGUUCUCUUUGUGGUUCGUGUGAUAUAAUUUUUGUUGUUGUUUAGAAAAGGAAAAGAACAGCAUAUUUAGUGAAAUGCCUGCUUUUAAUGUUUGUGCAAACCCCGACGAUCCCCUUCUUAUUCUUCUACCACUUGAUGUAUCCUGACUCUGUUUGUUCUCCCUGGUCGUGGGUCAUAAGUGAUUUGUAACAAAGCUUACUGUAGUAGUGAAAAGACCCGAAUGACAAAUCUCAUUUGUUAUCUUCUUCAGUCUAAUGUAACUUUGUAUCAGGGGUAAAAAGUUAAAAGCACGUAAGAGUGGAACUAUGAACACUUGUGUGGUUUGAUCAUAGUGGUGUUCACGUCGUUACAGGUUAAUGGAUUUCGAUCAAUAAACAUGGUUUUGUUUAAGAUUUUA